AGCACAUUGAACAAUGAAGAUUUUUCUGUGAAGCCUGAAAAUCUAAGAAGAUCUUUCCGUUCUUUCUUCUGUAACUGCUACCAAGUUGUAAUACCCACUUCUUCAGGUGCCAUGGCGUUUGCAUCUGAGCAGUUUUGCUGAUAGUCUCUUUAAGGCCUGCUCCUUUCUGAAGAGGAAGCAGAAUUACAGGUGUAAUUCAAAUGAACACCAAAAUGAAUAGCUGCUUCCUGAAACACUGGAUAUUGGCCAUUCUUCUCCUCUGGCCUUUUCUUAAAGUUACAGAGAACUUCCAAGAUAGGAAGACUCAGAGAUCAGCAUCAUCUACUGGGAGAGCUAAGCGUGGCUGGGUGUGGAAUCAAUUUGCUGUACCAGAGGAAAUGGAUACUAGACAACAUGUUGGAAGGCUAAUAUCUGAAUUAGACAAUGGAAAUCACACUUUCCAGUACAAGCUACUGGAAACUGGAGCUGGAAGUUUCAGCAUUGAUGAAAGAACAGGUGACAUAUUUGCUAUACGGAAGCUCAAUAGAGAGGAGCAAUCUCUCUACAUCCUGAGAGCCCAGGUAAUAGACAGCACCACUGGAAACGCUGUGGAACCCGAGUCUGAGUUUGUCAUCAGAGUUUUGGAUAUCAAUGAUAAUGAACCCAAAUUCCUACAUGAACCUUAUGAGGCCACUGUACCAGAGAUGUCUCCAGAAGGAACAUUUGUCAUUAAGGUGACAGCCAAUGAUGCUGAUGACCCUACAACUGGCUAUCAUGCGCGGAUCCUCUACAACUUAGUACAAGGCCAACCAUAUUUUUCUGUUGAACCUACAACAGGAGUCAUAAGAAUAUCUUCUAAAAUGGAUAGAGAAUUACAAGAUACAUACUGUGUAAUUAUCCAAGCCAGAGACAUGCUUGGUCAGCCUGGAGCCUUGUCUGGAACAACAACUGUAUCAAUAAUAUUGUCAGAUAUUAAUGACAACAAACCAAUAUUCAAAGAAAGUUUCUACCGAUUCACUGUAUUGGAAUCUGCACCCAGUGGAACAUCUAUUGGAAAAAUUAUGGCAUAUGAUGAUGACAUAGGAGAGAAUGCAGAAAUGGAAUAUAUCAUUGAAGAGGAUGAUUCACAAACAUUUGAUAUCGUCACUGAUAAUGAGACCCAAGAAGGUAUAAUUUUACUAAAAAAGAAAGUUGAUUUUGAGCACCAGAGCCACUAUGGCUUUAGAGUUAAAGUUAAAAAUUGCCAUGUGGAUGAGGAACUUGCAUCAGCCCAUGUAAAUUCCUCCUCAACGUAUAUUAAAGUUCAAGUGGAAGAUGAAGAUGAACCUCCAGUUUUCCUCUUACCGUAUUAUGUAUUUGGAAUUCCUGAAGAAAAGCCAUAUGGAUCAAUUGUUGGAACAGUAUCUGCUAUAGAUAUGGAUCGAAAACAAUCUCCCAUAAGAUAUUCACUCACGGGAAGCAAAUUGUUCGAUAUCAAUGACAAUGGAACAAUAAUUACCACUAAUGUGCUUGACAGGGAGGUCAGUGCUUGGUUCAACCUGAGUGUCCUAGCUACAGAAACAUACAAUGUCCAACAGAUUUCUUCAAUUCCUGUGUAUGUACAAGUUUUUAAUAUUAAUGAUCAUGCUCCUGAGUUCUAUCAAUACUAUGAGACUUAUGUUUGUGAAAAUGCUGAAUUUGGUGAGAUAAUUCAGACCAUAAGUGCAAUAGACAGAGAUGAAUCCAUUGAACAUCACCAUUUUUACUUCAAUCACUCUGUGGAAGACAGAAAUAAUUCAAGUUUUAUACUAAGAGACAAUCAAGAUAAUACAGCUGUAAUUCUGACUAAUAGAAUGGGUUUUAGCCUUAAAGAAGAGCCUGUCCUCUCCAUGAUCAUCUUAAUUUCUGAUAAUGGAAUCCCAUCUCUUACAAGCACAAACACCCUCACUAUACAAGUCUGUGACUGUGGAGAAAGUGCAAGCACAGAGAUGUGCACUAAAAAGGGACUUCUAAUCAUGAGAUUCAAAACUGAAGUAAUAAUUGCUAUCCUGGUAUGCAUUAUGGUAAUAGUUGGGUUUAUCUUUUUGAUGCUGACUAUGAAACAACGAAGAAAUCAAAUCCUAUUUCCAAAGAAAAGUGAAGAAUUUGGAGAGAAUAUAUUUUGCUAUGAUGAUGAAGGGGGUGGGGAAGAAGACUCUGAAGCUUUUGAUAUUUCAGAGUUGAGAAGCAGCAUAAUCAUGAGAGAAAGAAAGCCACGGAAAAGGAAGAGCAUGGAGAUCAGGAGCCUGUAUAGGCAGUCUCUGCUGGAGGGCCCAGAAAGUGCUAUAUUCCGACAAUUCAUUCUAGAGAAGUUGGAGGAAGCCAAUACCGAUCCAUGUGCUCCCCCCUUUGAUUCACUGCAAACUUUUGCUUUUGAGGGCACAGGAUCAUCAGCUGGCUCUCUGAGCUCCUUGGAAUCUAUAGUCACUGAUCAAGAAGAUAAUAUUGACUAUCUAAAUGAUUUGGGACCUCAUUUUAAAAGAUUGGCAUACAUGUUUGGUUCUGCAAUGCAGCUUAACAACUAAGGUUUCCCUAUACCAACGUGCAAGAAGAAUUAAAGUAUAUUUACAUGAAAUUACAAGCUUUGGUAAAAUUUCAUUCUCUGACUUUCUGUCCAAGAGGAGCCCUUGUCUGUAGAAUUGAUAUUUUCAAGUAUAUACUUGUGGUUAUUUCCAGUAAAACACAGAGUU